UAUUUAAGAAUUCACAAGCUGUCUUCCACUUAAUUCAUUAUUCUUUAUUUUAUUGAAAUAUAGAAUCAGAAGAGAUGCUUGGAAGUAUGUUGUCAUAACAUUAAAGGGAUUUCCUUUCAUUUAAACUAAAUUACUGUUUGAUGUUGGUCUGCAUAUUUCUGAAUAUUUGUCAUGACAGCACUUAUGUCCCAUACGGUGUACUGAAAAAAAAAAUAAACUUUGCAAUUUAAACAAACAAAAGAAAUGUUUUAUUUCAGUAAUACCCUGAAUAAUUUACAUUGCUUUUCAACAAUGGGGUUGACAACUGUUUUAUUGAUAGAAGACAUUUUUUAUAAUUACCAUGAACUUAUAUUAGGAACAUUCAGGUUGCUCAUGUUGGACUUAGCUGAAAAUUGAAUAGUGCAAGUGUAGGAAGGCAUUGACUUUGCUUUCAACAUGGCAUUCAGUAAUGACUUACACUAGGCUGUAGAAGUAACCAUCUUAUUAAAUAAGAAACACAGAGCCAAUGCAGAGAUGAAAGCCCAAGAGGUCAGAGCUAAGAGCCUUACUCUUCACUGCUGCAGCUAUCCUCUUCAACCAAGAGAGCUACUUCCUGUCUGUUUGUCUGUUUUAUAGACUUUCUAUUCUGCCUUCUCAUUGGUUGUAAACCCAACCACAUGACCUCCUCAUCACUGCCUGUCUGUACAGACCUCCAGGUCUUCUAUGGUUGGUAUUGAGAUUAAAGGCGUGUGUCUCCAUGCUGGCUGUAUCCUUGAACACACAGAGAUCUGCCUAGCUCUGCCUCCCAAGAGCUGGGAUUAAAGGCAUGCACCACCACCACCCAGUUUCUGCUAUGGCCUGCUAUUAGCUCUGACCCCCAGGUAACUUUACUUAUUAACAUACAAAUAAAAUCACAUUUCAGUACAAUUAAAAUAUCACAAUACUAGGCAGUUUUUCUGAGGAAUAAACAAGCAUGUUCUGUAUUAUUCUGCGAUUUUGAUAAUAUUACAUUUUUCAUUUUGAUAUCUGAAUUUGAGAUUUUUAGGAUGCAUAUUUGAGAAAGUUAUAACCAUUUGUCUCUUUGAAGUUGGCAUAGGCAGUGUGAAAUGAACAACUCUGACACUGGAGAAAUGUAAGAAUAAAACUCUAGCCAGUGAAAAACGAUACAACUGACAUUCAAGAACACCAGUUUCGUCAACUUCAGUAUGCAAGACAGUAAUGUCACCCAGCAAUCAAUAUUUACUCUAGCAUUUGAAAAUAGGCCAUGGUUAUAUAACCCCAUAAUGUUUUAUUCAAACACCCGUGUCCUAAACUACAAUGGUCUCACUGUAUUCCUGUUCUUCACAGCUAGCAGAACUCUCAGGCAAUCAAAGAAGAAUUUUGGUUGCCACUCCCUCCCAUCAUUUUUGAAACUUUAAAAAUUGUUAUCUUUGGUAGACACUAACCUCAGGUGGCUACUGAGUCAUCAAAAUGUGACAGGUUCAAGUUGAGAUGUGCUAUAAGUUUUAAAAAAUAAGAAAGCACACAUAUUUAAAAAAAACAUUUUAUGGAGAAAUAAUGUAAAACAUUAUAAUAUGUUGAAGCAGUCAAUGUUGAAAUAAUAAAUUGUAUACAAUGGGUUAAAUAAAUACAAUGAUACAUUUUUAAAAAUAUACAAGUUCUAGCCUUCAAUGAGUGAAACAAGAAGGCAUCCAGAAGAAAGGCUUUGGUGUUCUCUGCAGCAGGGAGCCUGUGCCAUGAAAAUGCAUCUGACUUCAGUGCUCAGCUCUUGAUAGUCCUUCUCCUGUUUCUUUCUAUUCCAGUGUUCAGCAGAGGAAAUGUUCAUCUGAGGGAUGGGAGUUAAGCUGGGACCCAGAGCCUCCUUCUACCAUGCAUUGCACUAUCAGAAUCUGUAUUUAUUUAGAUCGCUGGUGGGUAGUAGAGAAAAUAACAUUUGUCUAAUCAGCUUAGUCAUCAUUUUGCUUUGAGAAAAAAAAACCUAUUUGGAAAGGACACUUUUCUCCUGAGAUGAAUUUAUCAGAGUCCUCCAGUGAACCACUGUAUUUGUUGAUAGAGAAUGUCUACGAGAUACUUGAGAAAAGAUAGUAAAAGAAGAAAGGGGAUGGGACAGGGAGAAGGAGGGGAAAAUAGAAUUAUGUAACUCAAGGUAAAGUUUUAUCUAAGUCUGUUUUACACUAAUUGGAUCUCACAGACAGAAUGACUUACGAAGCAAGAAGUGUUAUCCUUUCAUGGUUUAGAGGCCAGGAGUUCAUAGGCCAGAAUUUUUAUUUUAUUUUAUUUUAUUUACUUAUCUAUUUAUGUUGCCAGUAGGUGAGGACUCUAAAUGGAGGCAGUAUAAACACCUCAUAGCAAGAAGGGUAUUUGAAAGGAAUAGAUCCAAUUGAGAUUUUUGUGACAGACCCACAGUAAAGAUAAUCAUUAACCCACUAAUCCACAAAUUCAUGAACCAUUAAACCAUUCACUAGUCACCUCCUAAAUGCCCCACACUUUAAUACCUCACAGUGGGAAUAAAGUUAAAGCAUGGAUGUUGGUGGAGACAGGUAAUCUUUAGCAAGUGGUGGACUGGAAGUUUGAGCCCAACGAACACUUAGAAAAACACAUAAAUUCAUGUCUAGACUAUCAUAGAUAAUCUAAUUAAUGUAAUAUAAAACAAUAACAAAAAUUUAGGUAAAUCAUGUUUAGAGUUGUAGCCCUUUCUGUAAAAUAUAGCCUGUCCUAUAAAUUAAAAGAACACAGAUGAAAACAUAAUAAGAAAUUUAAAUUUCUUUUAUGUCUAUUUUUUCCUUUACUUGUUAUCAAUCCAAUAAUUGAAAUUUUUCUCCAUUUCUUUGGUUUUCAUUUCUUUCAGUACUUUUUAUUGUUUGUCGCUAGUAAAAUACAUUUAGUUUUUUGAUCAUAUGAACUAUUAUAUCUGUAUUUCACUGACUUCAAAUUAAUGUUACUUUCUUAUUCUCUUAAAAUUGUAUUACAACAUGCUGCAAUACAAAUGAACUUAUCCACAUAAACAUCAAUAAAUAACUACAUAUAGCUUAUGAGAAUCACUGACUAGAUAGAUAGAUAGAUAGAUAGAUAGAUAGAUAGAUAGAUAGAUAGAUAGAUAUAGACAUAAAACUAAUGUUUUAUGUGGUUAGGAAUAUGUAUGAAAAAUAUGUAUUAAGAAAUGGGCACUAUCAUGUAGACAAGGUCAAAUCCUACUGAAAAACUUUAACUAUUGAAAAACCCUCUUAAGAAAGGUUGAUUUUUACACUAAACUCUGUGAACUGUGUGGCCAGGUAAAGGCCGGGUCCUAGGUCUUCUACAGACUACUUGCAGGAAUGAUUGUAUAUAUCCUUGGUUGACUAGGAACUCACUGCGUAGUGCAGCCCACAUUGAACCCAUGGGCCAUCCUCAUGUCUCUGCCUCCUGAGUGCUAUUCUGAGCCGCCAUGAUCAGCUCUAUUUCUGUUCUCCAAUAUUUCUCCAUAGACUAUUUGUAACACAAUAAAACAUUACUUGCAUAGGUAAUUCAGUCAACUACAUUUUAACUUUAAUUAGAAUCUAUGGUUUGUUGAAAUUUUUAAAGUAAACAUAAAUAGUGAUAGUAGAAUAAUUAAUUACUAUCAGUUAGUUUCUUUGUAACAUGGGAUGGAAUAUCCAAUAUUCAAAUAUUAACUCAAAGUUCUGAAAAUAGAGAGAAAAUCAUUUUUACAAGUCAGAUAAAGAUUCUCCAUGAUGAUGUCUUAUCUGAUCAAUUUCUUCUCAAUAUAUGUGUAGACAGGAUAAACCACGGGUAGAGAUCACAGGUACAAAUGCAGAAGUGGAGAUCAAUUAUCAUAACCAUUCCCUUAUAAUCUGAGAAAUUAUUGACAGCAUAUACCAAAGAAAUAUAUCUGUCAUAAAAAAUCAAACUCCUGAUGCUGGCUCUCUUUAUCCUACAGAGAAUUAAGAGAUUAGACCAAUGUUUUAACUGUAGUUUCCUGAAUGAAUUAAUUAAGGCAAAUAAUAUAUUUUCUCUGUGACUAAACACCCAUUCAUCCUUUUAUUCACCACUCUCCCUCCAGCUCUCUACUCUGCAAGUAUUGUUGUCUCAUUUUACCAGGUGCUUUUCCUAUGCAACUGGGAAGUAUUAAUGAACAAGAAAGAGAAAACAGAACCACAUAAAACUGUAUAUUAUAGAAGGAACUAGAAAAACACUUCACAAAUAGGUUAGAGUACUUCACAUUUAACAAAUAUUAAUUAGAUUAAACAACAACAGUGGAGCAGAUUGUCUUAGAAUUUGCACUCUGUUUGCACAGUGAAAGUUUCAAUGAAGAGGUAGCUUCAAAAUGGAGAGUACAAAUAAACAAGGAAGACAAGUUAUGAAGGUUAAUAUUCCAAGCAGAACCAGAUUGUACAAAACAGAAAUUUGGAAGUCAUUGCAUAUGAGUAAGAGGUUAAAAGUUAUUAUUGCCAGAGACUAGAAACAAGGAAGAAUGGACCAAGAGAUGAGCUAUGAAGUACAGAGACUGUCCUGCAGAUAGGGCUUGUAAUAUUUCACACAGGACUGUAACAAUAGUAGAUAGUUCAUGUGAGCUAGUACAUUUUACUUAUUUUGUUUUAUAACAGUUUUAUGUACCAUAGGUUGUCCCCACAUGUAGUUUAUGACUAGCUGUAAUUAUGCUAUAUUUAGUGUGAGAAAUUUUAUUUAGAAUAGAUUUGAACAAUGAUCUUGCCCAAUUUCUGAUGCUGAAACAAAACAUCACACACUGCAUACUCUGUAAAAAGGAGUUCAAGUGGCUCACACUUCUGUGGAUUUUAGAGCAUGGUGGGUGUUCAAUUCUGGGAAUGCAAGAUGCCAAGCAUGAUAACAAAGUUAGAAGUUCAGGGAGAAGAGGUCACAUGGACAUUUAGAAAGGAAGACUAGGAGACAAGUCAGAUAUGCUUUUCUCUUACUUUUAUGACAAAGUUUCUUUUGGAAACAUCACUUACAACCAUACAUGACCUCCUCCUGAGAUUCAGCAUUGAUCCAUAUAAUGGUGAGGUGCUCCUGACCUAAUAACCUCAACAAAAUUCCAGUUCCUAAAGGUUCUACAAUGUCAGCACUGUAACUCUGGACACCAACCUCAAGCACAUGGGCCUUGAGGUACAGGUCACAUUCAAACAAUAGCAGAUGCAUUCCCUGCUAUCAAUAGGUCAGACUUUUUUCUAGGAAUAUAGAGAUAGAAAUUUCUGAGUGAAAUUUUGCUAGAGAUAGAAAUUUCUGAGUGAAAUUUUGCUGGACAAUGAAAUUUAUUUUCUCAAGAUAUUCUACUUUAUUAUAGGGAAUAUGAGUUUGUAGAUAUUUUCAUAAUCUUUCAGUGAUUGCCGUGUGUUUUUUCCUAUUGAAAUUUUUACAUGUUCCUGAAUGUCUUCAACAUUCUUGCUUUUAAUGCUUUGUCAUUUUUAUAUUCUGAAAAUAUCAUCACCCACAUUUGUACUCACGUUGUACUUAAGUCAUAUACAGAGGAAAAAUGCUUUUAAAAUGGCAUUGUUCAGCUGGGCGGUGGUGGCGCACGCCUUUAAUCCCAGCACUCGGGAGGCAGAGGCAGGAGGAUCUCUGUGAGUUCGAGGCCAGCCUGGUCUACAAAGUGAGUUCCAGGAAAGGCGCAAAACUACAGAGAAACCCUGUCUCGAAAAACCAACAACAAAAAAAAAUGGCAUUAUUCACAGUCUCAAUGUUUAUGAUGACUUUUGUAACUCUAUACAGCAGCUUUCAAAUUUAUUCAGUUAAGAACAAGGGUCACUACUACAGUUUUGAGGAAGGUACAGCACAAUGAGUUCUUCUCCAGUCUAAAAGCUAAAGAAAGCUUCACUAAGAAUUUGGACAUGGAGAAGGGUGUUGGCAUGUGAAGAUCCCAGAGCUAAGGAAACUCAGUUUUGGAACUAUGUCAAAUUUUAGUGAUUUGCAAUAUUUGACUUCUAAUUGACAAACACUUGAGUUCAUUGUUAAAGUCAGCACUGUUCAUUACUAGGAAAGGUCAUCCAAAAAAUACAUUCUCUGAUAUAUUUAUGGUGAGCAGGAUGAAAACGGAGAAUUAAUUUUUCAUUCAGACUACAGAAAUCAAAAUAGUGAGUAUGAUACUCUAAACUUUGUGUAUUGUGUUACUUUAGGUUCAUUAUUUUAAAAGAGAUAAGAUUAUUUAGACCUUGGAUGCAACAUGAUUGCUGAACUUUACGACCUUGAUUUUAUUGAUAAAAUUAUUGCGCUAAUGUGUAUCUUUCCUUUUUCCAGGUUAUCUGGCAUCUUGAUAUUAGAGAGCUGAACAAAAAAUUUAAAUAAAAGAAAGAUCAGAAGUCAUAUCCUGUGCUGAGGACAGGAGCAGGGACACUAUCUGUGGGGUCCAUUUCUUCCAUCAACCUGAAUUGACAAAUAUAUGAUCAUUAAAACUGUGUGUACAGAGUAGCACUUUAAAGUAAUACUUAUAGGAGGUGGAAAAGAGAUGCUUAUUACUCAUGUUUGUGUUUUUUAAAAAGCACGUAUUUUAGAAAUUCUAGUAACAUUAGUGGAAUAUGCAUGCUCUUCAUAGUUAUGAAAGGAGGCCAAGAUAGAUGUGGUGGCCAGACAAGAUUCCUUGGUACUCAAAGCUUCAACAUGUGAAAGCUCAUUCACUCUGCUUCUUUUUAUCCACCUGUGCUAUCUUUUUCAUUAAUCUUUCUGACUGUCCUCAUUCCACUGUCAAAAACUAAAGUGCUCUGAAUUAAUUAACUUCUUUAAAGUCAUUAAUAAACAAAUUAUAUGCUAAUCUUGGUGCUUCAGGAUAAAUCCCAAGGAGGCAUCAGUGAUGUUUUAUUAGCAAAUGAGUGAGAAGUAUUUUAUUUUUAUGAACAGCCAAGGGAAAGACAGAUAACUGUUAUAAACAGUAUAGUCAAUUUUAAUUUCAUCUAAGCUGUUCUUUUAAAGGUAUACAAUUCAUCUAAGACUCAUUAUAUAAUAUGAAAACUUUCAGUUAUAGACGAUUUCAUAUGGACAUAACACACUUGCUAUAAGCUGAGUUCAUACUGUGCUGUUAGCUACUUCAUGACAAUAACUAUUUCCCUGCAGGUUUAAAAUGUGGUGGCUGCUGAGUACAAUGUGCCUCAUCCGUGUAUUUGGAAAGAUAUCUUGUAUAUCUGCAAUAAAUAUGAAUCCUGAAUCCCACAUGAACGUUAGUGAGAUUAUUGUCUAUUGGGGUUAUCCAAGCGAAGAGUAUGAGGUUGUGACUAAAGAUGGUUACAUCCUCCCAAUUAACCGUAUUCCUCAUGGGAAAAACAACACUAAUAGUUCAGCCCCAAAGAUAGUAGUAUUUUGUCAGCAUGGCUUAUUUGCAACUGCUGGUGUGUGGGUUUCCAAUCCUCCCGACAACAGUCUGGCCUUCAUUCUAGCAGACGCUGGUUAUGAUGUAUGGAUGGGGAACAGCAGAGGAAAUACCUGGGCAAAGAAACACUUGUACCUAGACCCAAAUUCUAAAGAAUUUUGGGCCUUUAGUUAUGAUGAAAUGAUAAAAUACGACCUUCCAGUUACCAUUAAUUUCAUCCUGAAGAAAACAGCACAAAAGCAGAUUUACUAUGUUGGACAUUCUCAAGGCACCCUUAUUGCUCUGGGGGCAUUUGCAACAAAUCAACAACUGGCUGAAAAGAUUAAAACAUGUUUUUUACUGGCUCCAGUUGCUACUGUUUCAUAUAUCAAAGGUACCGGGCGCCUUCCAUCUUACUUCACUCCAACGGCUUUUAAGCUCCUUUUUGGUGAAAAAGAGUUUUUACCCACUGCUGCUUUCAGUAAGCUGUCCGGAUACAUAUGCAAUGUUAUGGUAAUCAAUACUGCAUGCGCUGCUCUAUUAGGAUCGCUGGGUGGAUAUUCCCCAGGGCAAUUAAAUAAGAGCCGCAUUGACGUGUAUAUAACACACAGUCUAGCAGGAACAUCAGUUCAAACUCUUCUACAUUAUGCUCAGGCAAUUAAUAAAGGUGUAUUUCAGGCUUAUGAUUGGGGAAGUCCAGCUCUAAAUAUGCUACACUACAAUCAGACAACUCCUCCGUUAUACAAUGUGGAAGCCAUGAAUGUUCAAACUGCCUUGUGGAGUGGUGGAAAUGACUUUUUGGCUGAUCUGAAAGACGUUGCAAAUUUGAAACCCAAAAUCUCUAACUUGAUAUACGAUAAAACUAUUCCUGAAUUUAGCCAUCUUGAUUUUAUAGUGGGAAUAAGUGCUAAUCAUGAGGUUUCUGAGGAAAUUUUAAAACUUAUUGAUGAAUCUAAGUGAGAUUGAAAUUUUGCUUUAGUUUUCACGUUUUACAAACCCUUCUGAAAGUUUCUUGCUUUAUAAGUGCAAAUAUUAUCUUUCUUGAUAAUUUUCUUCUUAAUUAUCUAUGAUUUUUAAGCUAUUACUUCAUUUAUUAGAUCAUUUGUAGUAGUGAAAAAUUAUGAACAUUGAGAAAAUAAAUCAUUUUGUGACUGUUUCUUAAUUGAUGUAAGUUUUUAAAAAUAGUUUGACAUGCGCGUCCUUGAAGAGAAGACCUCCUUUUGAUUUGAGGUAAUAAAAUCCUAAAACACCGAUGCAGGAAGAGGCCAGGCCAAUAGUGUGAUAUCAGAUAUUAUGCUGUCUGGAGAGCAGACUGUAAAAUAUUUCACACAUUAGGACUAAGACUCCGUAAGAGCAAUUAGUCUUGUUGCUUAGAUUCCCCAAGACUUUUUUUUUUCUUUUUCUUAUUAAGAAUUUUUUUUCAUUUUACACACCAAUUAGAGAUCCCCCCCUCCCCUCCUCCUGCUCCUCUCAAGCCUUCCCUCCAACCCACCCUCCAUUCCCCUCACAAGAAGUCUUAUUCACUAGUCUUUGGAGGCCCACAAAGAUUCCUAGUGAGAUCUGAGCUUGCUUUACCCAGAAGAGCUGCAUUAGAGGAUUGCUUGACCAUGUGCGUGGUUACCAGGUGUUUGGAAGGGUCUGCACUUGGCUGUGCUAAGGGGAGGUUUUCGACUCCACCCCUUGGCAUCCCUUUAAAAAGUCCUUUAGAAGAGACAGAAGGGACCAGUGGAUAAGGAUCCAGGCCCUCCCAAGGCUAUCCUGUGUUUCUGUCUUUUUCUCUCCCCUCUAUCCUUCUAUCUAAAUCUCUUGUCCCUCACUCCUCAAGAGUACCCUGGGGUGGGGGGGGGGGGGAGUGGGAGCAGGUCUCCCACACUAGUCUCAGUGCAAAUUCCCCGUCAGACUAUCUGUGAGGACCAAGCACUGUUUUGAAUAAAUCACUCUGUCAAUAUUCUCUGGUUUGAGAGGAAGAAGAAACAUUUCAAGUGAUCUGAGUCAUUGACAGAUAAUUUUCAGCAUUGAUGAUUCAUAGAAGGUCCUGAAUAAUGUGAUUAAUAAAAUAUUUUUAUUAUAUAUAUAUGUAUAUGUAUAUUAUAUAUGGCCUGGUACUCUCCUUGCAACCUAAACUGACUGAAAAUUCAGUGUGUGUGCGUGUGUGCGUGUGUUGAAAUAUGUUCCUUGUAUUCCAAGUUUCUUCAGGACUUUUAUUUGAUUAAAUGUUGGAUCUUUAUGAAAAUCCUUUUCUCCAUCUAUUUAUGAUCAUAUAAUUCCUGUCCUUCAGUCUAUUUAUAUGAUGAUGUAUUACAUUUAUUGACUUGGAAUAUGUCAGACCAUCCCUGUGUUAUUUCUGGAAUAAAGUCACCUUAAUGAUAAGUAGUUUUGCUUCCUGAAAGUAUUAUUUUUAUUUUUCUUUCAUACAUUACAUCCUAAUCACUGUUUUCCCUCCCUCCACUCCUCCCAGUCCCUCCUAUCCCACUUUUUCUCUCCCUCAGAUCCACUUCUCAGAAAAGAGCAGGCCUCUCAGGGACAUCAGCAGAACACAGCAUAAAAAAGUACAAUAAGACUUGGUACAAAAAUCAUCCUGAGUGAGGUAACACAGACCCAGAAAGAGAUACAUGGUAUGACUCAUUUAUAAGUGGACAUUAGCUGUUAAGUAAAGGAUAAUAAUGCUACAAUCCCCAGACCCAGAGAGGCUAAGUAAAAAGGAGGGCUCUGUGGGAUAGGACAUGGAUAUCCCUGGGAAUGGGAAAUAGAAUAGAUUUUGCAGGUGAACUGAGGGCAGGUUGGGAUACUAACAGCAGGGAUGAGGGGAAUGGAGGGAGAGAGUACUGGGAAAGAUAACUGAAAUCUACAAGAGAGAACCCAGUAAUGAGGGAUACAGAGCCAAAAGAGUCAUCUUCUGUAGCCAGGGAAGGUUUCCAGUGGAGGGAUCGGGACAACAACCCUAUCACAAAACCUUCGUCCUACAAUUUGUCCGGCCUGCAAGAUAUGCUGGAGUAUUGAUGGCACAGAACUUGUUGGAGUGGCCAAUCAAAGAGUGAUCCAACUUGAGGUCCACACCAAAAGAGGGAGCCCAUGCCUGACAUGCCUGGAGGUCCAGGAACCAGAGGCUGGAUAGCCCAAAGACCUAGCAUUGAACCAAACAUGACUACGGAAAAAGUCAAUGAAAUGAUUCCUAAAGAUAUUCUAGUAUAUUUAUGGGUGCCUAACGCAAUCAUCCAGCAACCACUGGGAGCAGGUGCAAAGACCCACAGCCAAACAUUAGAAGGUGGAGGGGAGGGAAGGUGUAGCAGGAAUCUUAAAAGUUCUUAUUAAUAAAAUCAAACCUGAAGCCAGUUAUUGGGGUGAAUGCUGGAAGAUCAGAGAAGCAGAACAAGCCACAGCUUCCUCGCCUCGACAGUUCCUCAGCUGAUCCUGUUUCCUCAGACUGGAAGCUUCUGAGUCCUCAUCCCAAUGGCUCUCAGCUGAACUGCUGCUCAAAAGCCUGAAUGCUUAACCAGCCAAAAGCUUCCAGUUUCUGGUCCUCACGCCUUAUAUAUCUUUCUGCUUUCUGCCCUCACUCUCUGGGAUUAAAGGCAUGAGUCACCAUGCCUGGCUGUUUCCAAUGUGGCCUUGAACUCACAGAGAUCCAGAGGGAUUUCUGACUCUGGACUGCUAGGAUUAAAGGCGUGAGUGCCACCAUUUUCUAGCCUCUGUAUCUAGUGACUGUUCCGUUCUCUGACCCCAGAUAAGUUUAUUAGGGUGCACAAUAUUUUGGGGAACACAAUACCACCACAGGAAGGAGUAUAGGAACCAGAGGGGUUGAGGACAACAUCAAAACAUGGUCCACAGAAUUAACUAAACUGGGCUCAUAGGGGAUCUCGGAAACCAAACUGAAAAUCAUGGACCCUAUACAGGUCUGAGCUAAGUCUUCUGCAUAUAUGUUAUGGUGGUGCAACUUGGUGCUCUUGUGGGACUCCUAACAGUGCAAGUGUGACUGCAUGUAGAGGAGGGUGUCUCUCUGACUCUUUUGCCAUCCUUAAAAGUUUUUCAAGUAUUUUCAUUGAAGAAAUUUUCAUCUGUGUUCAUCAGAGUUUGAGCUAUAAUUUUCUUCUCCUUGUGUCUUCAUUUGGUUUGAGUAUCAGGAUAAUAUGGCUCCAUGAACAUAAUCUGUCAGUGUUCUACUUUCCUAUUUUAUGGACCAGUAUGAGAACAAUUGGUGGUAAUUCUUCAUUGGUGAGUGGAUGGAAUUGAGUAAUGAGUCCAUUUAGCCAUCUAAUGAGGAUUUUAUUUUCUUUUCAGUUUAGAGAAUUUUAGUAAUGCUCCAGUCUAUUUGUUACAAAUUUGUUUAAAUUAUCUCAUCUUGGAUUAAUCAUGGUUGUUUAUAUGCAUCUGGAAAAUUAUCCAAUUCUUACAGAAUUUUUUAAUUGACUGGAAUAUAGGCCUUUAAGAAACACCCUAGAAUUUUUUUCUAAAUUUCAUUGGUAUCUGACAUAAAUGUCUCUUUUAUUUGUAUAUUUAUUGAUUUAGUCUCCCUCCUUCUCUUAUUUCUUCCACUUUUUGAUUUGAACUUGGGAUGCUCUUGUUUUUCCAAGUUGAAUUAUUUUAUUGAAAACUCCCUUCUUUCUUCAUAGAGGACAUAAAAGCUACGACUUCUUUCAUGAUGGCUUUCAUCAUAUCACACCUGUUUCAGUGUCUUCUGUGCUCAUUUCAAUUUUCGUAAGUGGUUUCUCACUUUCCUUCUUGAUUUUAUCUGACAUAUUCAUUCAACAGUGUGGAUCCUGAUUAAUCUCCAUGAGUUUCUGUGUGUUCUAUAGCUUCUUUAGCUGUUAAUUUGUAGCUUUGUUCCAUUGCAUGAUAUAGAAAACAAUUAUUUCCCUUCUUUUAUAUUUGUUAUGACUUAUUUCAUGACAUAAUAUGUGAUCUAUUUUAGAAAACAUUCUAUAGGCUGAUAAGAAGAAUGUAUAUAGCACAUUUUGGGAUGGAAUAUUCUUUAGAUGUCUGCUAAGUCUAUUUAAUCUAUGAUGUCAUUUAACUCUGACAUUCCUUUUAUUUUCUGCCUGGAUGACCUCUCAAUGGGUUAAAUGAGUUAUGGAAAUCACCUCCUAUUAUUGUAUAGAUGUUCACACGUGACUUUCCAUUCAACAGUAUCUCUUACAUAAUUUAGUGUGCCUAUGUUUGGCACAUAUAUGUCUAGAAUUUUAAUUUAUUCUUGAUGGGUUGUUAUUCUAAUGAAUAUGAAGUAUCUUGCCUUUUCACUGUUGACUAGUUUUGGUUUGAAGUCUACUUUGUCAGAUACUAGAAAAAUCAUGUCUGCUUUUAUCUGAGUUUCAGCUUUCACCCUAAGGUAACAUCUGUGCUUUAUAAAAUGCAUCUCUUGGAGAUUAAAUGGAUAGAUCCUACCCUUUAAGUCAAUUCUGUUAGUCUAUAUUUUUAAUGUUGAAAUCAAGUCCACUGAUAAUCAGUUAUAACUGAAAGACAAAAUUGUUCCCUAUCAUUUGUUGAUUUUGUAAUGUUUCCUAAUCCUCUUGCUAAAUAAUUAUUCAAACAUUUAUUCUUUCUUCUGGCUUCAUACAUGCAUCUGUCUCUUUUAUCAGUAUGGAGGAUUCCUUCAGUAUUACUCUAUAGAUGCUGCUUAAUAAUCAUGAAUGACCUAAGCCUAAUUUUACUGUGGGAAUUUUUCUUUACCUUUCAAUUAUGAUAGUUUGUUGGAUAUAGUAAUCUUAAUUGAGGUUUCUUUCAGAAUUUGACCAUAUGUUAUUAUAAAUGCUUCAAUCUUCUGACAUCUCUAUUGAGAACUCUUAUGGAACUUGUGCAAUAUACUUUCUUUGUUCUGAAUAUUUAACAACUUAGUCAUGCUAUUAUGGAGGAGUUGUCCCCUCAAUGUCAAUUUAGGGUUCCCCCAAUAUCUGUAGUAUCUGUAAUGACAUAUAUUUAAUUUAGAGAAUUUGGGGUUAUAAUUUUAUUGAUACUGCUUUCUAUUCUUUAGAAUGAAAUUCUUUACUUUCUUCUGAAUACAAUACACUUUUUAAUUUUUAAAAUCAUUUUAAUCUAUGUAUAUGGAUGCGUUACCAGAAUGUAUGUCUGGCACCAAAUGCUGGCAUGGUGCCCAGAGAGACCCUCGAACCAGAGUUACAAAUGGCUAUGAGCAAACAUCUUUGUGCUAAGAAUUGAACCCAGGUUCUCUGAAAGAGAAGCUAGUGCUCUUAAUCUCUGAUAUAUCUCUUUAGUCCCAUAAUAUACAAGAUUCUUAUUUUAUUUAAAUGUUAUAUUGCAUAUCCUGAAAAUCCUAUUUGUACCUUCUUAAUAAUUUAUAUUGUCUUCAAGCUGAGAUAGUCUGUCCUCUCCUUGAACUAGUAUAUUAGUGAAACUUUCCAUAAUUUUUUGAUUCAACUUACUGUGUUGUUCACUUCCAUUACUCCAGCUUUUCUAUUUCUUUAUUUAGUUCCAAUUUUAUAUCACAUUUAGAAUUUUUUGUUUCCUUAAGUUGCUUGUGUUCUUUUGGGAUUAGUUCGGGAAUUUAUUUUCUCAGUCAAUUUUUUUUAACAUUUCAGGCUUUUGAUUUUAAAUAUAUUGGCAAAACUAAGUGGACACAGUGGUUUUUUAAAAAGAAAAAAACAAAAAGUACAUAAAGUAGGAAAGGAAUAGCAAAGGAGGGGAUGGGGAGAGAUUACAAGAGAGGAAUAGGGGUGUAUUAACUAACAUUAAAAAUAAAAAGAAAUGAAAAAAAAGCAUAACUUACCAUAGUUAAAAAUAUUCUACAACACAGAGAGAGAGAGAGAGAGAGAGAG